AAGGACAAGCUCUUAUCAAGGUGGACAGAUGGUCUGUUCUACUUUGUAAAAGUUACUAAGGUGACCUUUUAUUAAUUAUUAUUAAGUUAUUGUUUCCAUUACAAAAUUAAAGCUCUGCUUUAGACUAUUAUUGUUAAUUUAAAACGACAGUGGCACCUCUGAUAACGAACGACGCACCAUCAAAUGAUAUUUCGGGUUAUGAACUUACGCAUAAGCCUGUACACACAAUCCCACAGGCUCAGUGGCGCUUUGGCAUGUUUGCCCAAAAUCACACUUUCUGUUAUUUUUGCACUUUUUGUGUUGGUUAUAUUAUAUCAUCAUCAUAAUAGCUCCUAAGGAGAAAAGCAUUAUUAAUAGGAGUUUGAGUGGAAGGAAAUUAUAAUAGUGCAUGAUAAUUGCCUUCCUUUUUCUCACAUGGCCAGUGAUUGGAGAUAGUGUUAGCAAGAAUAUAAAUUUUGUAUCUAUUAUUACAUAAAUACCCUAUAAAAUGUAAAAAAAAAAAUAGCAAGACUGAAACAGAUUAAUCAAAAUUAUAUUGAUUUCAAAGAAUGGAGUGACAGAAAGUUUAAGUUCAUUAUCCGAGGUUCCACUAUAUAUCUGUUACUGGGUAUUACUUAAUUGUGCAGCAAAUUUUACAUUUAAAAUGUCUUUCUAAUUGGGGGUUUCUUCCAAUUAACACAGCAAUGAUAUAUUUAAGCACUAAUAAAAGCAUUUGGAUGUUGAACUUUGUUGUCGAAAUUCAUUAAUGUUUCAACAUUUUGAAUGCCUUCUAGUCAGAAAUUUGAUUGAUGGACAUGUUUAGUACAUAAGCCUAUUUAAAUUCCACCCCCAUUUCUUUGUACGCUUCAAAAAUGUAUUUGUAUUAUUUUCUCAAGGUAACUGCAUCAAGCAAGAUGUGCAUGGUAGAAUUUGAAGACAAGUCCACAGCUAGUGUCCAUUUCAAAGAUCUGUUGGAA